AUGCUUCAACCACUUCACUGUCUACUGCUAGCCUCGGCUGUGCUGCUCUGCAACACCACCCCCACGGAGAAACAUGGCGGCUCAGACAUCAGGUGUCCUCUGAUGGUGAAGAUCCUGGAUGCUGUGAAAGGGACUCCAGCUGGGUCAGUGACACUCAAGCUGUCUCAGAAGACUGCUGAUGGGGGAUGGACACACAUCACUAAUGGAGUGACGGACGCCACUGGAGAGAUCCAUAACCUCAUCACAGAGCACCAGUUCCCGGCAGGAGUGUAUCGGGUUGAGUUUGAUACCAAAACAUACUGGAAGAAUGAGGGGAGCACGCCAUUCCAUGAAGUAGCUGAUGUGGUGUUUGAGGCCCAUGCUGAAGGACAUCGUCACUACACCUUGGCCUUGCUGCUCAGUCCGUACUCCUACACCACUACAGCCGUGGUCACCAACGCACACCAGUGA